AUGGAAGAGCAAAAUAAAUAAUCACCUGUGUUUAUUUAGGACAAAAAUAUAGAUAUGCCUGAUACAAAAGAUCAUUUCUUUGCCACACAAAUCUAGACUUUAGUUUUGGCAAUAUUUAUCACAGCCAUGAUGUAACUUUCUAAUCGUCUAGCUAUAUAUCUAAUUUACUGCUGCCCUAUGUAUUUCUUUAUAGCUUUACUUUAAUGGUUAGUUUUUUGGAAACCAAAAUGCGACCUCUCAUUUUGGUUUAACAUAUAUAAUUUUAUUAUGUUCAUAAUUUGCUUGCCUAUAUUUUUUGGAGUAUUUUUUGCUGUUUUUCAUCCAACAGCUUCUUUAGAGUUUAAAUAAGCUUAGAAUUGCCAAUUGAUUGGUAAGUAAAGUAAAUGGAUAGAAUUUACUGAGAAAUACUCCAUUCUUUAUAUAAAUUUUGAAUAUGAAGGAAAGCAAUACUUAGGAUAAGCUUGUGCUUCUAAUUUCAAUUAAGCUGGGACAUCUAACCCAAUUUAUCCAUAUUAAUUUUACUACAAAUAUGAUAAAAUUGAAUGUGGUCUAACAGAUGGAAAUUCUACAAAUCCAUAAUAUCGCAAUAGAAUGUUAUCCUAAAAUUAUUCUAAUUAAACAAAUCCAUAUAAUAAACAAAGAAUUCUUAAAAGUAGCGGUGGUGUUAGAACCAGCUACAAUGAUUUAGGUAGUUCAGGAUCUACUGCAUGUUACAGAAGUUAUUUAUGGAGUAAAGUAAAAAUAGCCAGCUGGUUAUGCAUGAAUAAUGAAUUUGACGAAGAAGAUUACAUGAAACCUCAAUCGUGCUAUGUUAACUUUUUUAAUGGAGAAAAAGCAGAGUAAAACGGAAUAUUAAGAUUAGCUAUGAAAGAUUAAAAUAGCUUUCCGUUGGUAGCAUUUAAGUCCCAUGCUUACUUCCCUGAAAUAGAUUUAGUUUGCUUAAUAAUAUUUUCCUAUUAUAAUUGGAUAUUAUGCUUUAAUUCUUUAUUUUAGUACCCUGCUUAUUAUCUUCUCAAAAAGAUUUCAAAUAAAAACAACUAAAAAGUCAUGCCACUAGAAAUUUAGUCAUAAUCUAUUUAACAGGAACUCUAGCAAAAUUAGUAGCAACCUAUUUAACAGGAGUAGUAAAAUAAACAUAAAUUGAAUUUUUAUCCAAACUUAGUUCAAAUAAAUUAACAAUAAAUGGAUGUCAGCUUGGAUAAUUAAAGUGAUUAUGUUGUUUAGUCUUUAAGGCCAUAAGAUCAGUUUUAAUAAUCGUUUUAUUAAUAGCCAGACUCGAGUUAAGUUCCAAUUCAUAUAAAACAUGGGUAAACAUAUUAAUAUGAUGUAUAAUAGGAAGAUAGCUCUGUUAAAUCUUGUAAACUCUGA